AUUCAUUACUGUGUAGAGCCUCAGUGCUGUGAGCUUCUAUCUUCUCGGAAGCCUGGACCACGGCUCACAAACUUCGCCUUUCACAAAGACACUGCAGUUCGAAACUUAAUCACGUCCACACGCAAAUCCUAGGUACCAGAGCUCAUAAACCUGAAACUGCGAAUCGGAGGAAUCGAGGUCUUAGUGAUUUUCAUUUCAACAAAUUGCUUGAAUAAACAUUCGCACGGGCAGCCUUGGAACAAGGCUUCGGCUUUCAGAUAUCUUCUCAUCAACACGGCGAUGCCUUUGCAAGAUCCGAAUCUCUAUGGGCAACCAGCGCCCAAGAAACAAAAGAAGGAGUUGAAUCUUUCUGGUUCUCUAACCUUCACUUCCCAACUUAGUUCACUCCUCGCCGCGUCCUCAUCGUCAUCAACAUCAUCACCUGCCACCGCCAUCACUGCCAGCACAACAGCCACAACCGGUCGUGCGCGACCCUCUAAAGCUGGCAAGGACAUCUUUUCCGGAGUGAAAAAGAAGACCAGGCCUGGCGCCAAGACCGUUAACGAGGACAGAGACGGCAAGCUGACGCUCAAAGCGCCCGUGGGUACCGAAGAUGAAAAAAGGGAGCUUGAACGCGCCCGCCGCAACAUGGAGCACAAGGCCCGUCUUUAUGCCGCCAUGCAACGCGGGGAUUACAUUGGCAAGGAAAUCGGCUUGGUCGACUUUGAUCGGAAAUGGGCAGAGGAGCAGGAGAAGAAAACAGGCCACACCGGCGAGGUGUCAUCUUCAUCAGAGGACGAAGAGUCCGAAGAAGAAAAGGAACAACUAAUAGAGUACACCGACGACUUUGGCCGCACCCGCCUCAUCACGCCCGCCCAAAAGGCCAAACUGGAGCGCUCCCGCUCCUCCGCCGCCGAACUCACGCAAAUGUCCGCCCGCCCUGCCGAGCCCGAGCAGCUGAUCGUCGGCGACACCAUCCAGACGGAGGCCUUCGCCGCUACUGUGACUGCGGACCGGUUGGAGACUAUCAAUGAGCUAGCCGCCAAGCGCGACCGGAGCGCGACGCCGCCUCCGCCGACUCAUUACGACGCGAACUGGGAGAUUCGCACCAAGGGCACGGGAUUUUUCCAGUUCAGCAAGGAUGAGAAGAAGAGAGAGGAGGAAAUGAGGGCGCUGGAGGAAGAACGUAAGAAGACGGAGGAGAAGAGGAGGGAGCGGGAGGAAAUAUUGGAGAAGAGGAAGCAAGAGAUUGAAGAGAGGAGAAAGGAGAUUAAGGAGAGGAGAGCGAAGAAGAUGGCGGAUAACUUCUUGGAAGGGUUGGGCGAGGAGCUUCUGGGAGGAGGUGCUGAUGCUGCCGGAAGUGGUGGCGGCGGACGCAAGAGGGAGAGGGAAGAUGAUGUGGAGAAGAAGUAAGAUCGCCCGUGGAAAAAGCCGGAAACGCUUUCCUACGAUAAUCGGCAAUGAUAUCCCCGUUUAAUAUUGCUUUAUCGUGGGAUCCCGCCAAAUUCUGCUUUGAGUUCAUAAUACAGUCACACGGUUGACGGGUGGCCGAAGCAUACCUUAAUCAGCAUUCACAAAAGAGAAGGCGCGAAUAAAAUACAUGCGAAUAUCUGAUUUAUA